CUUAUCUUGAUAUUCGUACUAAUAGAUAGAGUUAGGUGUCUUCGCGCUCAUACAUCAUGUCGCGUAAGCCGGUGGUGUAGCGCGCGCUGUCAUCGGCCGGCUGUCGCAACCGAUGGAGGGUGGAGCUUUGACGAAGAUGACGAAAUCGGCCUAUAUUCUCCGAACAACCACAGCCGGAGCUUCACGUCAACACGAUUAACUCCACCUGAGCAUCAUUCGACCACCACACUUCAACAUCAAUUCCACACAUCAUGAACACCACAAUUCUCCGCACUUCUGCUCUGCGCUCGGCUGCCAGGGCAACUGUCCCCAAAGUCUCCCGUGCUGGAGUCGCAACCACAUUUGUGCGAGGAAAGGCCACGCUGCCCGACCUCUCAUACGACUAUGGCGCCCUUGAGCCCUCCAUCAGCGGCAAGAUCAUGGAAUUGCACCACAAGAACCACCACAACACAUACGUGACUUCGUACAACAACUUCAGCGAGCAAAUCUCCGAAGCAAAGGCCAAGAACGACAUCGCCGCCCAGAUUGCUUUGCAGCCUUUGAUUAACUUCCACGGUGGCGGCCAUAUCAACCACAGCCUUUUCUGGGAGAACCUUGCGCCUACAAGCAAGGGCGGCGGCGAGCCCCCUUCAGGUGCGCUGUCCAAGGCCAUCAACGAUAGCUACGGUAGCAUGGAGGCGUUCAAGGAGAAAUUCAACACGGCGUUGGCCGGUAUCCAGGGCAGUGGGUGGGCGUGGCUGGUGCAGGAUACACAGACAGGGAGUGUGCAGAUCAGAACCUAUGCAAACCAGGACCCCGUCGUUGGACAAUUCCGUCCCAUCCUGGGUGUUGAUGCUUGGGAGCAUGCCUAUUACCUCCAAUACCAGAACCGCAAGGCCGAGUACUUCAAGGCUAUCUGGGAGGUUAUCAACUGGAAGGUCGCUGAGCAGCGCUUCAAGUAAACGAUUGUGUUGUGGUAGUCAUUGCUGCGCAUGUAUGUACGUAUAGCAUGACAUUUUGAGACAAAUCUCGUCUUCAAGUCGCAUCCCACGUGAGCAAAACUCUCCGCUAGCAAUCUCUUUCAUCGUGCGUUGGUGUGGCUAUCAAUGCCAGUGCUGAGAGUUUUGCAGCAUCCGAAAUAUGUAUGACUUCUAGGGUUGAUGUGUAGGCUCAAUGUUUUCGAGAAAUCGCUCGCGGAUUUUGGUGAAAUCAGUAUAUCUGAUCAAGUUAGACUAGUACUUGUUAGCCUACUUUCUGCCACUCUCAUGAAUCUUUACGACUACAAUUUGGCGAUCUGAUAUGCAUUAGUAAACUUCAUGAUGUCCU